GGAUUUGGGAACAUCCUGAAGAAGAAAGAAAACAACAAAGGCAAAGGCAGUCGAGCCAGAUCGCAAACGGCAAACCGCCACUGGUUCACUCAUGGCUUCCGCAAUCUCAACUCCAACUUCAUCUCUCUGGUCCUCCGCUUCUUCUUCUACCUCUCCUCAAUCAAGCAGCCGCCUCACUCUGUGUACCCUUUCCAACUAUUCCAUUUCAGUCUCCCGGAGUUCAAGAAUUCAGCUCCACAAAUGGGCACCUCACUUGGGCAUCACCCCAUUCUCUUCCUGGGAAGGCCUAAAGCAAUCCGGCAUUUCAAGCCCUCUAAUUUCUAUAAAAAUCGAAAGAAGAAGAAAAUGUAAAGGGAAAGGUGUUUAUGCGUCUCUCUUUGGAGUUGGAGCCCCUGAGGCUCUAGUUAUUGGAGUGGUUGCUUUGUUGGUGUUUGGUCCCAAGGGUCUUGCUGAGGUUGCUCGUAAUUUGGGGAAAACGCUACGGGAAUUCCAGCCUACAAUUAAAGAGCUUCAGGAAGUCUCGAGGGAAUUCAAGAGCACACUUGAAAGGGAAAUUGGUCUUGAUGACAUAAAAGAUUUAAAUCAAAGCACUUUCAGAUCUGAUAAAGCUACAGCAACCGCAAGCCCCUCACCGAGUGCAAGCUCUGAGGAUUCACUGAUUAAGACAGACCCUAAUGGUUCUCCAUCACCAAGUGUAGAAUCAAUUGAUGAUAAGUUGAAAGCUGUAGAAGAACAGUCAACUGAAACAGUGUCUUCUGUCGAAAAUCAACCAGAAUCGCAGACUAAGACAGAAGAUGAUUCUUCAUCCCCAAGAGCAUACUCGAGUGAAGAAUACUUAAAAAUCACCGAAGAGCAGCUGAAAGCAGCUGGUGCUCAAGAGAAAAGUGAAACAACAUACCCCGACGAAAUCCAGUCUGAACCCCAAAGUCAGUCAGACUCCCUUCAAGAAGCUGCUUCAGUGUCUCCGCUACCUCAGAAGCCUGAAAGCGAGACUUAGUAAAGGUAACUCUAGUAGCGAACUCUGCUAUCAAGUGUGGUAGGACUGUUCUUAUUCCCGAAUCCCGAGUAGCAAAGCGCAUACACAGACAAAUUUUGCAAAUUAGAGACAUGGAGAGAUUUCAGGACUUACCCUUUGCCUAAACUGCAAUAUACUACGUACUUGUUUACAUUGUUUAAGACUUGUUGUGCAUGCAAAGCGUGAUUUGCCUUGAUUUGUUGGGUGUUGAACUCCCAUUCUUAAAUUGCUGGUUUUUGAGCUCUAA